CUAUUAUAUAAUUACUGGUCUAUUGUCAAUUGAUUAAACCUUUCUGAAUAUACUCGGAUAUCAUCUUACUACCACCACAACACACCACAACACCACACAACAACAAAAAACAAAAUGUCCUACCGCACCACCUCCAGCUCCUCCUCCGCCUACUCUUCCUACUCCUCUUCCACCUCUAACGACAACAACAACAACAACAACAACAACAACAACAACCCCCGAACCGAAACGACCGGCCACCGCUACGCCACCACCUCACACACCGACCCCACUGGGGCUACUACCGUCCGCACCGGAUACCAGAACCUAGGCGAGGAGCCGGUUUUCGAAGAGCGGAGAUUCGAUUCUGCGGGUCGGGAGGCCGCGUUGUUGGAUACGCAGGGUGGAAUGGGUGCUGCGGGGGGAACUAGGGCUAUUAGGGAGUUGGAUGAGGAUGCUGAUGAGGGGGAGUGGGAGGAUGGGACUUAUUAAGUAUUGAUUGAUGGAGUUUUGUGAAGGGGGUGAUAUGGUAUAUGUGUGUUUGAUUUGAUGGUAAUGGUAAUGGUAAUGAGAUGUGAUAUCAUUGAUA